AUUGAUAGCUAAUCAAUGGCACUGUUUAGUGUAUUUUUCUUCUUGUUUCUUGCUUCCUCAUCUGUGAGUGCCGCUCCUUGUAACCCUCUUUGUUUGCAUAAAAGCAAGGCUGGUUAUUACCCUUUAUCUAAAACUGGAAUCAGCUCUGGAGCAUGUGGAUAUGGUUCACUAGCUAAAGGCUUCAAUAAUGGAUACAUUGCUUCUGGUAUUCUCUCCUUACUAGGAGAUGAGGGUAUUGGCUGUGGAUCCUGCAUACAUGUAACCUGCAAGAACAAGACACUAUGCAGAGGAAGAGGUACUGAUGUGGUUCUCACCAGUAGCCUUACACAGACGAAAAACAAUGCAGAUACGGAUUUGAUCCUUAGCGACAGAGCUUAUAUUUCAAUGGCUGCCAAGGGUAAAGCCAGAGAGCUCUUAGCACUCAAAACUGUAGAUGUGGAUUACAUAAGGGUACCCUGUGAAUACAAGAGCCAGAAUUUGUCCGUGAGAGUAGAUGAAAGCAGCAAGAAACCGGAUCAUUUAGUACUUACAUUCCUCUACCAAGGUGGUCAAACAGGAAUUCAUCUAGUCACAGCUUAUGCACAAGAUAACUUUACUAGGAUCGAGAGAGAUAUGGACCACAAAUAUGGAGCAGUCUGGGAAAUGAACAAGGCUCCUCAAGGAAGUCUAAGUUUUAGGUUGUUUGUAUACAAUGGAUAUGAUCGAUCUUUUGUAUUUUCCAACAAAGAUGUGCCCGCUGACUGGAAAGUCGGAAAGAUUUAUGAUUUGGGUGUUCAAAUGAAUGACCAGAUGGAUAAGCGAGAUGGUUGCACCCCUAAUUGUACUGAUUGAUCAGUACGGUUUAAUGU